AUGGUGGGCCUCUUACAGACAGCCACCCUUCUCUUGGCCGCCGUAGGCUCCGUCGUCGCGGUUCCAUCCUCUCGUUCCAAGGGGAAACCUAAGUCGGUAGUUACGCAUGUCGGUAGCCAGGGCGCCAUUCUAUCUGGUGGCGUGCACACAAAAGACCUCUUGUUCGUUAGUGGAACUACUCCGUCCGUUAACGGGACUAUCCCAGAGGGCAUUGAAGCUCAGACUGCUGCCGUGAUCAACAACAUCGCUGCUAUCCUUGAAGAAGCUGGUACGUCGUGGGAAAACGCCCUCAAGACGACGGUGUAUCUCGCCUCGAUGGAUGACUUUUCAGCUAUGAACGGUGUGUAUGGUAGCUUGCUGCCUAACCCUAAGCCGGCUCGCACGACAAUUCAGGCUGGGAAGUUGCCGGGGAACUUUUCAAUCGAGAUUGAGGCUGUCGUCGCGUUGCCGCGUUCGUCUCGUUGCUAG